AUGGAGGUCUCAAACCUUGCCGCUCGCACCGAAACACUAUCCUGUGAAAACCUCAGAUUAGAGCUCCCUCCAAACCAAGACCCAUCCUUGGCACCAAAUCUGGUACUCCUAGCUAAACUCAUCUCGUCGAAACCCACCAGUCUCAACUAUGUCAGAGAAGUUGCACUCAAGGCUUGGAGACCAGUCUAUCCCAUGGAGGUAAGGCGGCUUGAUAAAAACAUAUUCAUGUUCUCCUUUCAACAUGAAGUUGACGCGCACAAAGUUUUCCAAGGAAGACCGUGGUCAUGUCGAGGUGGACACCUUGUGCUAAAAAAAUGGAGCCCGGAUGUCACUUGGCAAGAAGUAGAUUUUACAUCCUCUGCUUUCUGGGUUCAAGUUCAUGGACUCCCAACUCUAUGGAAAACGGAAGACAACCUGAAAAGGAUUGGUGCCAACAUUGGAAGAGUAUUAGACGUGGAUUUAAUUGGCGAGUCAAGCGGCGUCUGGAAGAGGUUCUUGCGUGUCCAGGUUGAGCUCCCAGUUGAUAAACCCCUCCUCCCUGGUUUCUUCCUCCCUCGUCCAAACAAAACCGAUUCCUGGAUUGGGCUGAAAUAUGAGAAAUUAGCAAACUUAUGCUAUAAAUGUGGAAUAAUCGGUCAUGAAGAAGAAGCUUGCUCAGGUAAUCUCUUCCAAUUUAGCAACCCCAAUGGUACACGUUUCAAAGCUGCUGGGCCAUGGCUAAGGCCUGGGAAUGAUGACACGCCGCUAGACACCACUGCCAAUAGCAGGCAAAACACUACCCCACCACCAUCUACCCCGACCGAAGAAGCUGCAACCACCAGCCCAGAAACGCCACUGACACCUACCUCAACGACUACGGACAGCAACCCAACAACUGUCCUUCACCCUGACAUGGGACCACAAACCAUGUGCGAGCUUGUACCUCAACACCUCCAAAAUACGUGGCAAUCAGCGAGGUGCACAGGUGCCCCUGAAACAGUGCCCAACUGUACGAAAGGGAAUUUUUUCAAAUCAGCUGAGCUGGAUCCUUCACAAGGUACAUCUAACCCUCUAAAACUCCCUCAAUCUGAGCCUUGCAACCAAAUGGGCCUAACCCAUAACACCCCACACCCCGAAACUUUGAACCUCAUUCGUUUAACCCCUGUCCAGAUUAGUCUAAAGCCCAUUCACAACUCAGAAAUAUCAACCCCGCCCCUCAAUAGUCCUAAGCCCGAUAUUUCAGCCCAACCCAAUGUCCCUUCUACACCCAACCAGCCCCACUUUUCCUCCUCUGACGAAAUAAACACCUCUACCAUUCCCCAUUAUAUCACAUCCACAACAUCUGAACCCCUAAAGACUCAAAUUCCUUCUCCCCCACCAACACACAAUCCUCUGAAAAGAAAGGUUUCUGACGAGGAACUAGGGCUUUUUGCGAAGAAAUUCAGGAAAGCAAUCUCAGGACCUGAACCUAUCUUCUUUGACCCUGGCACAGUCACUCUCAUCCCAUAAUCUGGACUUGAACAAUUCUUUCUCAAGGAGAAACAGGGAGCUGCGAAUGAUGUCUUUACCCAGAAGACGUUAUAAGAAGCUAAAAUGGCAUCCAUAUUAUUGGGAAUUUCAAAAAUGGUGGCGGUCCUUGUGGGUGUGUUUCUUGUGAUUCUUGCUUACCCAUCUUGUGAACCCCAAUUCAUGUUUCCCUUUGUGGCCAUCUCAUGGCUGCUCCGAGAUUUCCGGAUUCUGGUAGUAUCGAUAGAGGCUU